CAGCGGCAUCUGAGUUCGAAAAAGUAUAGGGGGAGCAAGACACAGCGGCAGUGGCAGUACAUAUAUCAUAUACUAUGAUAUACCACUGUGUAAGACCCAACGUGCUCCUCUUCCCAAAGUGGUCGGUCCCGUUACCGGUGCGGUAACCAUUCUCCCUUUCCCCUUUCUAGUUUCUGCCCGGAUCUCAAAUGGAGCACUAGUUUGUUUCUGCCCAGAUCCAAAAACUCAAAUUUAUAUAUAAGUAUUUCCCCACUCGGUGUUGCAUGGAAAACCCAACAACUUAGAUGCGUAAGUAGCGCUAGGAAUUUUUUCUUUUAAUCAGUUCCGAGAUGGUGACAUUAUUGUUAGUUUGUUGUUUGAGUCGUCGACAUCUUGUUUCCUCUCUCAUCGUUUGCUUCUUGGCGGCGGCGGCUGCGGCAUCAGCAGCAGCAACAACUCCAGGGUUUGUCUUCGCCAGAGCCAGAGGAAAAUGCACUCCUCAAUACUGGAGCAGCAGAGCAGAGUCGUGGCCGAAAAUGGUUCCCCAGAUGUCUACGGUAUCAAAUGUAUUUGGUUCCAGGGCCUUCGAGAGAUUCAGGUACGAUCUGACGCUAUUAGAAGCAGCAUCCAGAAGCGACGACUUGGGCAACGCUUUUGCUGGGCUGGUCAAGGAGUCCACCGCCGCACUCCUCAACUCCUAUGCCCGGAAGGGCUAUCCCUACUCCGCUUGGGACAUCAAGACUUUGGUGAUCCAGGCUUUGGUCUCCAAACAGGCCGCUGCCCUUCAAGCUCAACGCUUUCGCCAUGCCAAUCAAGCUUGUAACCACUUUCAUUUCUAGUUCUCCCGUUUUGAUCCUGAAUUUUUUUUGUGUCUCUCAAGUAUUCUAAUUCUUUUCUGUGGAUCCCUAUAUAUCUUUCUUUCGUGGUU